AUGCCCGCCGCCGCCAUUUUCAGAGCCCAGCUGCGUUCGAAGCCAGCAAACGGCCAUGCUGCCUUUGUUCCACAAAUCCGCAAGCUAGUCUUUGAAUACUGCAAUUCUUGGCCCUCGUCCCAGAACACACGGACAUACCUGCUCACCCGACUGCAGGCGCUGGCACGCGAGAACCCACACGUCGAAGUCGUGGUCAAACAACGGGACCACAAGGAACCCAUUAUUCGAGGCUUCUACGCCAAUGGGAGGGACAAAGUAAUUCCCCUGCAGCGACUCGAAGUCAACGGAAUCCAGAAAAAGAUUGAGUUGCUGCUCGAUUCUUCCGGUGCCAAAAUUCGACCUCUCAAGAGUGUACCUGUUCAAAGCACCACCGAAUCACCGAGGGGCAUCUGGAGCGGACUUCAUGCAGAACGGCCAUCUCUUUGAAUCCCGACAACCCCGCGAUCCUCCUCUCCCGUCCCUCAAAAUCCAAUCACGUGACCCUAUCCUGUAUACUGUAAAGCUCUGCGUUAAUUCAUCUCCUUGAUUUUAA